CACACAUUGUCGCUGUUGGCAACCCUACCAACACAACAAAACAAACUUUAAAUUGGAUAGAUUGGAAGAAAGUACCAGCGUUAAGAAAAAAAUCUCAAAUAAAUUAAAAGCAAUUUAAUUACCGAUCCCAGAAAAUGAUUUCCCUUGGUGGUUCCGAUUUCAUACAAAUCAACGUCACAAAUUCCAAAACCGAUCAUGUUGCCUUCGACAUUAAAUUUGCCAAAUCGCUAACAGUUGCUGAGCUCAAGCAGAAAUUGCAAGUGAUUACUGGUGGAAAUGCCGGUACCAUGAAGGUGGAACUAUAUAAGGGAGGCGAGUUGGUGACGUCACUUGGCGAUGACUCGAUGAUGCUGGGAGCUUUGCCAAUUGAACCCAAUAUGCGGUUUCAUGUGGUCGAUGAUUUUAUCCUCUUCGAUAUGCACGAUGGUGAAGAGGUGAAAAAAUUCGAAUUGCCCGAAGAUGAGUAUGACAAGAAGGAUAACACUGUGCGAAGUUUCCUGAAAAAGAAUCAAAUGGGCAAAUACAAUGAAGAGGAACAGAAAAGGGAGGAGGCGAAGCGUUUGGAGAAGGAAGCUUUGGAGAAACAAAAGGCUGAACAAUGUACAGUGGGAUCACGUUGCCAGGUAACCCUCAAAGGGUGUCCCACCCGUCGUGGAACCGUUAUGUACAACGGUCCAUUGGAGGGCAAGAAUGGUGUGUUUAUUGGUGUCAAAUACGACGAGCCAUUGGGUAAAAAUGAUGGUUCCGUACAGGGUAAACGUUACUUUACCUGUCCCCCCAAUUAUGGUGGGUUUGUUUCACCACUCUGGGUGGAAGUUGGAGAUUUUCCCGAGGAAGAUUUUAACUUGGAAGAUGAAAUCUAAAAAAAGCAAAACAAAUGGCACAAUCUUUAAGGAUUAUGGAACAACUCAUUAAGCUUAGUGUGAGACAUAUUAAGAACAGCAAUAUAAUAAUUUUAUUUCCAUUCCCCCCAUUACUAGGUAUUUAAAGCAAAUUUAUCUGCGUAUUUUGCAUUUCUUCGUUUGUUAAUAAAAAAACAACAGCCUUUAAAUUUAAUUUCAAUUUUACUGAUAAGUUCUUAU